GUCUUAUACUCCCACGCAUGCGAACACUAAAAAGCGGUGAACUGCACUGAUCUUCUGGUUCGCAAUGGACCCGAAACCCCUAGCGGCUCCUAGCUUGGGCAGCUGGCCAGCCGACAUCUGGUACCUGGUGUUCAAGCUACUUUCACCCGCUGAAUUUCGUGCUCUAUGUCGAGUGAAUAAGAUGUUCUGCGCUCUCGCCGAGCCGUUUCUCUACUCGAAAAUCCAGUGGAUUUGGCUCACAGUCCGGCUUCCGGCGACAUUCCUUCGGUUCCUAGAGACACUCAUUUCCAAGCCUUAUCUUGCCACCUACAUCACAGACAUCCAUUUGGGCGGGGAUACCUUCCGCUACCAAGAGUUUCGAAGGCCGGUUCCUAUAAUCCCCAUCCCCGACGAAGAUCUAGAAGAACCGAUCGCUUUCAUCCGCAGGACUGGAGUUCCCUUCGCCGACAUGUGGAUCCAGGAGCUGCACAACCGCACGAUAGAUGCUUUUGUUGCUCUCCUACUCGCUCAAACACCUAAUCUGAAAUCCUUAUAUCUCGGCCAUAAUUUCACCCAAAAUAGUCUGCUUACCGGUAUGGUGCUCCGAUCCAGCAUCUGCGAGCCUGCAGAUCACAGACUACCAAACUUCGAGCAUCUGCGAGAUGUAUAUUUCCUCCUCGCAGACAGCAGUGACAUGGUGCCCGGUGAAAAGGUCCAAGCCGCAGCAAAUCCCCUGCCAUUUUUCUAUGUACCGAACUUGAAACACAUGUCAGCCUCGAUUGAGAAUCCGGACACGUUUACGUGGCCUGCAGCACAUCCGCCUGUCGCGUCGAAUCUGAAAUCCCUUGAUCUGAACUGGGUCCGGGAAACAUAUCUCGGCGAACUGCUUUCUGCGACCCCGACCCUCGAGACCCUGCGCUGGCAUUGGUACUUCGAUUCUGGCGUCGAAGAUCAGUUCAUCACGAAGACCCUCGAUCUGGAUCGUCUUACCGCUGCGAUGUCUCAUGUCCGAGGGACACUGACGGAUUUGACUAUCUCAGCAGAGGUCUCUAUUGGAGGCAGUGAUCAAUUCUAUCCCGCCAUGAGGAUAAUGGGUUCGUUGCAAGAAAUGGUUGAAUUCGACGCUCUCAAGAAGCUUCAAAUCCCAUGGCCGCUCCUGGUUGGGUUCACCAAAGACUUGAAACGAUUGCAGGAUGUGAUGCCUAAGAAUAUCGAGAGUCUCACAAUCACGGACGACUUGAGGCUGCAGAAUGAAGAUCGGAUUAAACGAGAUCUGCCGGUUUGGGACUGGACGCAUUCGGCUAUUGUGGAUGUGCUUCGACUGUGGAUGAAGGAUUGGAAGACCUGCACGCCGCAUCUUCGUCGCGUUUCGCUGGUAAUAAGCGUCUUGGAAUAUGAGCCGGAUGAUUGGGCCUCUAAGUUGACGCACCAGCUCGGGGUGCUAAGUGAUCAGUCCGGAGUUCAGCUGGAGUUGAUCAACAUGACGGGUGAGAUGUAACUAAUAUAUAUC